AUGGACAGUGUUCAGGACACCAUCCCCCAAGACCGAGGGGGCUGUUGCCCUGCCCUCCGCAGGCUGGUCCCUGUUGGCUUUGGGGCCGAGGUGUGGACGCUCUUUGUCCUUUCCGGACCCUUGUUUUUGUUUCAGGUGCUGACCUUCAUGAUCCAUGUCGUCAGUUCGGUGUUUUGCGGGCACCUGGGCAAGCUGGAGCUGGCGUCAGUGACCCUCUCAGUGGCCUUCAUCAAUGUCUGUGGAGUUUCCAUUGGAUUGGGCUUGUCCUCGGCGUGUGACACCUUGAUGUCCCAGAGCUUCGGCAGCCCCAACAAGAAGUACGUGGGGGUCAUCCUGCAGAGGGGCACCCUGGUGCUGCUUCUCUGCUGCUUCCCCUGCUGGGCGCUCUUCCUCAACACCCAGCAUAUCCUGCUGCUCUUCCGGCAGGACCCGGCCGUGUCCAGGGUAACCCAGGAGUACGUGCUCAUCUUCAUCCCAGCACUUCCGGCAUUUUUCCUUUAUGUCCUGCUGGCAAAAUAUUUGCAAAAUCAGGGAAUCGUCUGGCCCCAAGUCUUCAGUGGCAUUGUAGGCAACUGCAUCAAUGGCUUGGCCAACUACAUCCUGGUUUCCAUGCUGAGUCUGGGGGUCAGGGGCUCGGCUUACGCCACCACGAUCUCCUGCUUUGUGCAGACCAUCUUCCUCUUUCUCUACAUUGUGCUGAAGAAGUUGCACCUGGAGACGUGGGCAGGCUGGUCCAGCCAGUGCCUGCAGGACUGGGGCCCCUUCUUCUCUCUGGCCGUUCCCAGCAUGCUCAUGAUAUGCAUUGAGUGGUGGGCCUACGAGAUCGGGAGCUUUGUCAUGGGCCUGAUCAGCGUGCUGGACCUCUCUGGCCAGGCCAUCCUCUACGAGUUGGCCACCGUGGUCUACAUGAUUCCCCUGGGGCUCAGCAACGCGGUCUGUGUCCGGGUGGGGACGGCCCUGGGAGCUGCGGAUACUGCCCAAGCCAAGCGGUCCACCAUCUCAGGCAUGCUCUGCACAGUUGGCACCUCGCUGGUUGUGGGCACGCUGUUGAGUCUCCUGAGAAACAAGCUGGGGCAUAUUUUUACAAACGAUGAAGAAGUCAUCGCCCUGGUGAACAAGGUCUUGCCCAUUUAUAUCGUCUUUCAGCUAUUUGAGGCUGUCUGUUGCGUCUAUGGUGGAGUCCUGAGAGGGACCGGCAAGCAGGCCUUCGGAGCCAUCGUGAAUGCCGUCAUGUACUACGUCGUUGGCCUCCCUGUCGGCAUCGUUCUGACUUUUGUGGUCAGAAUGAGAAUCAUGGGCCUCUGGCUGGGCAUGCUGGCUUGUGGCCUCCUGGCCGCUGCUGCCUUUGCCGUCUACACCACCCGGAUGGACUGGAAGCUCGCUGCAGAGGAGGCUCAGAAACACGCCGGGCUGCUGCCGCAGAGCCCUGACAGCACGGUGACCGUGGCGACCGCAGCCCCCAGCCCCGGGCCUGUGAAAACUGUCACGUCUUCAGUGGCUACGGAUAACUCGCCAGGCAUCACCCUGAUGACGUAUUCAAGGCCCGAGUGCCACCUGGACCUCUUCAGGACCCCGGAGGCAGCCCGUGCCCUGUCGGCCGCCCCCAGCCCCCUGUCAGUGAAACAGCUGCUCGUCCGCCGUGGGGCUGCUCUGGGGGCGGCGUCAGCCAUGCUGUCGGUGGGCCUGGCCAUCAGGUUGCUGACCACCAGACACUAG